AUGAUCUCAACGUUUAUUAGUGUGUUUUUGUCUGUUUAAGCUUUAAGUAAAUUCAAUUCAAUCUGAAAUCAUAUCGAAUUGUCAAAUUCCCGUUCAAGUACUACAUUACCCACAAUCCACCAAUCAGAAUCUGCGCCUGCCUACAGUACUUACGGCGUCAGGGUCGAUGGGAUAUUGAGUUUGUAAUUGGAUUGUCUGGUGACACGUUUUCGUUUUAUAUCGACAGUUCAGACGUAAAAUGUACGUGAUGAAACAAUUACUUUAGUUAGUUUAUCUGCCACAAAGGUACAGCGCAGCUGUAAGAAACAUACGUACGCAGUCAAAUGUCUGGAAAUAUACUAAAUUUUCCAGAAUCCAUGUAGUGGAACGGAAGUGACGUGUGUUUUGCGCCUACUGGAUUUAAACUGACACGACCGCUUAUCCAUUAAUCGUGUAAAAAAUAUAAUUUCAGCCACAUAGCUGGUUUUUAAUGAUUAUUUUGAACUUUGAUACAAAAUAUGCGCUCAUUGGGGGGUUAUCUGAAUUAACCCGUUGUUUACUUCGAGAGAUGCUAUUAAAAGCAUUGUCUAAGUUGUUUGGUUUCUAAGGCUGAAACACAUCCGUGCAGAGUCGGUUGACUUUAAAUGAUCCUGCUUUAUAUCUUCAUGCCUGAGGCCAGUUUGCUUACAACCAAACGUUUGUAUUUAAAUCGAGAUAGCGCUCAGUAUGAACUGGGAUCAUCAUUUGAGCUCCAUAAUUUCAGAGGCCGAUGGAAGUGUCGCAAAAAUGAGGGAACAUCUUACCACACAUGGAAGAUCUUCCAGGGGAAAGGAAGAUCUGUAUCCAGUGAGAGAGGUGAUGGCAGGUGAUGAUUUGAAGCCCUCAUCCUCUCUCAGUACUGCAGUUCAGUGGUCAGAUCUGACAGCCAUCCAGACCCAAUUACAUCAACAGAGUCAGGCCAUUGAGACUUUAACACAAAGCCUUCGCUUACUGGAGAGAGAACGUGAUGCUCAGCAAAGACAAAUCCAGACAUUACAAGAGGAGCAGAGGAGACUUAAGGACAGACUAGAGGAGAGAGAGAGGGAUGCCGAGCGGAGAACGUUGAGUCCUGCACCAGACAGACGGGUGGAGCAAUGGAAGAGAGAGAUGGCUCGAGAGUUGAACAGUUUGAGAGGUCAGAUCAACCGAGCCACGACUCUAGAAACACAGGAAGAAAGUUUCAGCUCUAAACUCCACAGAGAAGAACUAGAAAAGUUCAGAAGAGAAGUUGAUAUUCUCAAGAACAAACUGAUGCAACAAGAGGAAGAUACGUUCCAGCUUCAGUCAGAGUCCAGAGAAACAAGGAGACAGUAUGAACGAAACUCUAAGACGCUGGAGAGUCUUUCAGAUUCACACCGCGCACACAGUUUUGAACUUGCCCGGACAGUUUCACAGUACCAGCACACUCAACAGGAAGUACGAGAUGUCAGAGUCACUGUGUCUGAGCUGAAGGAUGAGGUAAGAGGUCUGAUCCUGAGAGACGUCCUGCCCACACCUGCACAUGUGCCAAAGAAACCAGAGGUAACCGUGGAGAUGAGCCCCCGGAGACGGGUAUCGUCAGGGUCGGAGGAUGAUUUCAGUCCCACCCCGAGUCUGGGGGAGAUCAGCUCAGAUGAGCUGGAUACAUCCUGGCUAGAACCAGAGAAACACACAAGGAGUCGCCGCCGACGUGUUCGCCAAAGUUUAGACCUGUCAGGAAGUGAUCUCAGCAAUGCUGGAAGUGAGCUUGACGGUAACCUUGACAACGAUGCUGAAGACGUGGCCGGAGUUUUAGACAGCCCUCCUGAUCUCAGUCUCAGUGACCUCUGACCUUAAAAGCCAUAUAAACUAUCUGCUGAUACUUUAAGCUACCUGAAGAAAUGGAACCUCUUGCCUUUCCAUAGUGACUGGACUGUUUUAAGAGUGCAACUGAGAGUGUACUUAUGUCACAAAGGCCUGGAGUAUGAGAGGUACUUUUUCCACUGUCAGUAAUGGAUCUACACCAACAUAAAACCCAAUACUGUGAGUUCACUGAGAGGUCUUUGUGUUCUCUGUAUGACUGACAUUAGUGUCUUUAUAACGGUAAUAUUGAGAUACUGAAGUAUUUCUAAAGUAUUAUUGAAACUUCUUAGUAUUAUAACUAGAGAUAGACAGAUAUAUCGGUUUUACAGAUUUAUCUGUGCCGAUAGUUGGUGUUUUUUUUUUUUUGGUUAACCGUAGACUUGAUCAGCAGUUACAGAAAUACUCAAAAAAGCUUGUCUGGCACCAACAAUCAUGCCAUGGUCCAAAUCACUGAGAUCAAAUUUUUUCCCCCCAUUCUGAUUGUUGAUGUGAACAUUUACUGAAGCUCCUGACCUGUAUCUGCAUGAUUGUAUGCACUGCACUGCUGCCUCACGAUUGAUGAUUGUUGGUACCAGACCGGCUGGUUUGAGUAUAUCUGGGAUUUUCACACACAACAGUCUCUCGAAUUUUCUCCGAAUGGUGCCAAAAACAAAAAAAACACCCAGUGAGCGGCAGUUCUGUGGACGGAAACGCCUGUUGAUGAGAGAGGUCAACAGAGAAUGGCCAGACUGGUUCAAACUGACAAAGUCUACGAUAACUCAGAUAACCGCUCUGUACAAUUGUGGUGAGAAGAAUAUAACAUCAGAAUGUUAUACUGAGAUGCGGGUUGGCACUGUUUGGCAGCACGAGAGGGACCAACACAAUAUUAGGCAGGUGGUUUUAAUGUUGUGGCUGAUCGAUGUAGGUCGACCUAUUAUUAUAAUGAAGUAAGCCGUAAAACAGCAUUUGAAAUCGUAACUAUCGGCCGAUUCAUCGGUUGUCAGCCCUUUGGACCAAAUUAGUUAUCGGUAUCUGCAAAAUCCACUAUCGGUCGACCUCUAAAUAUAAUGAAAUAAGUUGCAUUUAAAAUCCUUUUCAUUUUUAUUUUGUAUAUCAACAUCCAGUAUAUCCAAAGGGUUUUUGAUGCUGGUUAAUGUAAAUAUAGUCAGUGAAUUUGGAAUCCGUAUGUGGAGAAUUAUUUGGUAAAUAAAUCGGCAAUUGAUUGGAUCAUGAAAAGCAGGCGUUCCAUACAAGACUGGAUCUCAACGUAGCCCAACAUAAGAAACACUUAACCGACACUUCUUUUUCAAAUCAAUUAAUGUUAACUGCCAUUAAAUUACUGUGUCAACUAUUAGUAAGAUUUUAGAAAGGCUGCAUAACCUACAACAGUAGCUUAAAACAAUUCAUAAACCGCUAUUUGCUGAAAAGUCAUUCAGAUAAGACCAGGAACAAAACGCUGUACUUUCUCCGCAGUCGCUCUCUUUGCUGAAGGUCACAGAUGUUAUUACCUUGCAAUGUUUACAAGAGUGUUUGACCUUUAAAUCAUGCUGUUUCAUAGUGUUAGGAAAGUGUUGUCCUCCCAAAAGUCCUGUUAUUAACCGUUUCUUGUCUGCUUUAGUUAAAUCUCAACUAGAGUUACUAACUCAUCUGCCCGUUUUCCUGCCUCUAUUGUUCAAUAUCACAAGAACAUCCAGAAUCCUUUUGCCCGACUUUUUCCACUACUUAAAACUCUCUCUCUCUUUGGGGUUGGGAACUGAGAACCAGAGGCGCAAAAACCAUAUAUGCAAGGUAGGGGCACCAUGUAAAGGGGCGCAUGCUCAACAGAUACAUGGGGUGCAAAAUUUUGAUGCACUCAUGCACAUGCAGAAAUGGGUAGCUACGCCCCUGCCGAGAACCAGUUCUUAUUCGUACCGUUCCAUUGUAACAGUUCUACUGUUUCCAUCAUUUUUGCAUAAUUUAUUUUUAUUUAUAUAUAAUGGUUUCCUUCAUCAAAACGGUACAAGGCUUGGUGACUUUUACUACAUUUGCCAUCUGAACACACAAAAAACUCUGAAUUGAUUCUAUGAAUCCAGGUGGUUUUAUCAAUAAGUGUUACACAUUUUGCAUUCCCGAAAAUAAUUAGACUUGUAACACGCACACCACUUGCUCUCUCUCUCUCUCACACUCACUCACUCACUCACACACACACACACACACAUAUACAGAAAUUAGGUGUGGAAGCCGCACCAUCCAGACAUAACACUUAAUCGUUUAUGAAAACAAAAUUUCAUGUAAAGUUAUACAUGUGGCUUCCUUUGACCUUCCUCACAUUUCUAUUUCAGCAGCACAAUAAUGAAAUUUCUUACAUUUACUGUUUGGUCAUUUUUGACCAAUUCAACGUUUGUAUUUGUAAUUAAAAUGUUUUCCUUCAUCUGAAUGGGACAAAGCUAGGUGACCUUUUCUACACUUGCCAUCGCAACACACUUACAAAUUUGUUUUUAUUUUCAAGACUUUAUUCAUUUUCUUCACUGCUUAUUGCUUUUUUGAAUGAAUAAUUUGUUUAUUGUUGUUCAUUAUCUUGUUGUUCGUUAUCUUGCCAUUUUAUUACUUUGCUAAAUAUAUAUCCAAAUUCAAAACUUAAUAUCUAGACUGAAAUGUAACUUUGUUACAGUAUUGUUCUACAGUGACCAGGCAGCAUGUGGAUCACUGCUGCCAUCUACGGGUUAUAAUUGUCAUUUCAUCUAAAUAUAGAUAUUUUCCAGCAGACGCUCCAAAUGCACAACACAUCUGGAGAUUUUCUGGGAGUUUAUGUUUUUAAUUAGUUGGAAGUAAUAUAAAAUGUGUUUAUUUUAUAUGAAAAUAAAUGGUGGAAUUUAGAGGUAAAUUAGGUUGAAAUACCAUAAAAUUCAAAUAAAAUGCAUGAUAACGUUUAUAAUAAGAGUGUCGGCCUGUAACAAAGACUGAAGAAGGGUUUAAACAAAAUACUGGAAUUGUAUUCAUUUAAUUGUGUAUUGUAAUUAAAGAUAGGCCCACACUUUUAGUUUUGUGGCAGUCAGUGGACCAUAUAUUGGAUUUAAUUGAUGCCUCUAAAAAGUCUGUAUAAACAGCUUUUGCAAGAAUUGUAUUAAAAAUGUUUCUGAUAUAUUCUGUUAUACCUGCUCUGUUGAAAUCUGAAAUGAGCUUAUAAUUUC